UUGAAAAACACCCUACUUGGUAGAGUCAAGCCAGGGAAAAGUCCCCAGUCCUCUUCAAGAAUUAGUUUGAAGGCUCACGAAGACAUGAGCAGCUUCUCCAUAGUAUCUGGGUUGUUCCUGACAUGGGGUGUGCUUCAGUCUGGAGAAGGGAAAUGCCCGGCUCCCCCUGUUUUUUCUGCUGCCACAUAUUUUGCUGAGCGGUAUGUCGUGGGCACAAAGGUGAAAUAUAAAUGUGAAAAUGGUUUUCUGAGAAAAGCGGGCAUAAGCAAUCUGAUUACCUGUGAGAUUCAGUCCGGUCUAGCCCGAUGGACCUGGAAUAAACCCCCAGGUUGCCAUGCUAUGUCUGAGCUAACACACGGUUCUACAGAACAGCCUUCAACAAAAAACUGUGAAGGAAGUUCCAACCAUUGUCAACCAACUACCCAGCAAAUUACAGAUGGUUUGUGUAGAGUCCCACAGCCUCUCAGACAUGCCACGGCCAACGUGGUUGCAUAUCAGGUGGGCCAGAAACUCGUGUACAGGUGCCUAGCUGGAGAUGAAGGACCGUUCGUGAGCACUUGUGAAGAUGUUGGUGGAAAGGAGACGUGGUCCUCUUUCACUCUCCGAUGCACCCAUGGGAGUAACAUGACAGAAGUGUUACGGAGCGAUACAACCCCUGUGACCAAUGAACCGGCCAAACCGAGCCCCACCUCAGGAACUGUUCUCUCUACUCCUGUAUGGGUGAUGAUCCUCGUUUUAUCAAGAAUCGCCACCGGAAGAGCAUGUUAGGAAAAAUUCACAAGACCAGACGAGCUUCAAGCAAGUGGAAAGGCCAAGAGGGAAUUUCUCCCAAGCUUUCAGAACUCAGCUGCGCCACCUGCUCUUUGCAGAAUCCAAGCGUAUUUCUUCAACUGAACAGUUUUAUUCUGAAAUAAAAAGCAGCUUCAAGACUGGAAUCCUGAAUGUGUCUCUGGACUAGAUGGGGCCUCCACUCUAGUUUGCCAGUUUAAAGAACUGGAGUUUGGAUGAGGUAUUCUAGGGAUUAUAAUCAUGGAAGUAACAACUGCAAACGCGGGCCUCAUCCAGCAAUGCAUUUCUCUGGAGGGCCAUAGACACUUCUUCACACAACUCUCCAGAGCUUGGAGGAAAUGGCUUUUUGCCUUACAGCUCCCAGAAUCCUCUAGCCAGUGAGAUGUUCCUUCUCAUUUAACCUUAAUAGCAUACUCAGCAUUAACCAGAUGAAUAUAUAGAGGGUAUUCAUAUAUAUCUGAGAGUCCCAUGGACUGCAAGGAGAUCAAAUCUAUCAAUUCUGAAGGAAAUCAA